AUGGCGAAACAACGAGCGCCCAACGUUACAUUACAAGAAAACACCCUCCUCGCUCAUUUGAUGGGUGAAGAGUACAUGAACUUCGGUAUGUCCAGGCAUAAACUGGACAGACAUAGGUUUACCAGCCAAAUUUCUAGCUCUGUAAAAAAGGAAAUGUGGUCAAAUGUGGAGACUACAUUUAACGCCAAUAGUACAGGGCCCCACAGAAAAGGGAGUGACCUCGAGAAAAAAUGGGAGAACCUCACAUCUACACAAAGAGGCAUCUACCAGGAUCAUCAGCGUAUGCUGACAUUGACUGGCAGUCCUCCGUUUAAUUCAAAAUGCACAAUCCUCACUGAGGCUGUGAUGAACGUAAUUGGAAAAGAGGGAGUUGACAUAAUGGGUAUUGGACCCAGCAGCCUAGACACCUCUAUUUUGCAAUUGACUGAUAUGCGUGAUGAUGACCAGCAAGAUGCUGAAAUCAACAUGACCAUGUGUACUUCAAGUGCUGCGAUGUCAAAAUCAGUUUCCUUUAAUCCGAAAAGAAGAUAUACACCAUCGAUGGCUGAGAAUGGCUAUAGAAGCGCAACUAUUUCUCCUCCAGACAAACCUUCACCAUCAUGUUGCAGUCAUUGCAGUCUACAUGAACUUAAUGCCUUGAAGAAGAGGAAGCUGGAGCUUCAAAUACAAUUGUUUGAGGCCCAGUUGGCACGAUUUGAUGAGGAAUAG